AUGACGGCCUCAACAAGCCCUUUCUCUCUAGCCGCCCGCACAUUGUGGCCUCCAACCCUCCUCACCGCAAUCUUCAGCCUCUCCAUCACACCCCUCGAAAAGGUCUUCUACCGCGCAGACCUCUCCAUCGCAUACCACGUCUUCGCCGCAGCCUCAAUCCACCUCUCCCUCACCCUCAACGCCGCCAUCGUAAUGACGCCCCUCAAGAUCAAUGUCCAAAACAUCAAGAGGAACGAACAAGUCUUCUCGCAGAUAGGUAUCCUCAACCGCUGGCUCGUCGAGGGCUACCUCCACAGCCUCUUCCUCUUCCCCAACCUCUUCGGCCCCAUCAUUGUAUGCUGGGUCCUCUUCGCUGACAACAGGUACCUCGAUAACCUCGCCCAUCUCUAUGGCUUCGUCGUUGGGAUGCUGCAUGCGCCGCUGCUGCUGAGCUUGGUUGUUCGUCUUGUCGUUCACCUUGUCUUCCGCAUCCUUCGGUGGAUUGUCGCCAGGAUGUCUUGGCUCGUAUGGAUGGCCUCGCAUUACAUCCCCCAACGCCCCUGUGAAUCAACCCAGAAGUUCCUCCUGGCUCUAUACAUCUGGCUCGAAGAGCUCCCUGGUGAGACUGGGGCUACCAUCGACAGCAAAUUGCUCUUCACUGAGUGGUUCUUCCUCCAGCUGGUCGCCGGCUUCGCGUGUACUAGUUUAGCCUGUAUGCUCUAUACCAUGAUUGUCGACACGUUCCGUCCGUGUUUGCAAGGUUACGUCGUCCAUCUCACUGCGGAGGUCUUGUUGUAUGUCGGAGACUUCAUAUUCGAAGUGGGCCGCUGGAUUGAGGGUCUCGUGGUGAAGCAGAGUGUUUGGGAGGAUAUGAACUUGUGAGAGUGUGAGGAUGCCCGCCGCUGGGCUCGCUUUGUGCAACUUUCU